UGCAUCCUGGUCGGAAAUGAAAAACACUGGCUAAGAUGGAGCGUUUUUUUUCCGUGGGCACGUAUUGUUUUUCCUCAAUUUCAGCCUCUUAACUAAAUCGAAGUCUCAACGAAGUGUCCAGCAUCGGCCACAUUACAGACUCAAACAUCAGUCUUCAAGUCUCAGCAUUCGUUGAACGUUUGCGACCUACUUUAGCCUAGCCUAGCCUAGCUGGCCGACCGCUAACAAAGCAGCAAGGAACGCAGUCAAGCGUUCAGAAAUCAACAUAUGUUCACGAGAACUACACUGGCUACAGAAAAGUUCCAAGAGGAACUUUGUGGAGUGAAAGAGGAGCCCCCACGUCACCAAGAUUCGACUGUGUGCAAAAUAAUGCACGCAAAGGUUGUUCUUCGUAGACUCGAAGAUCUAUGUGUCAGCCAAGCCCAUUGUCCUAAGCACCAGACGUCUGCAUGCAUCAAGGACGAGGAGGAAGAGUCGCCGUACAUUAAGGAGGAGGAAGAGUUCGUUCACAUUCAAGGUUUUAGGAAAUAUCAUGGUGCUGAGCGGCAGGAGCCUGAAUCUCCUGCCGUUAAAGAGGAUGUUGACCUUCCCCAAAUCAAAGAGGAGGAGGAGCCAGAGCCCUGUCAACAGAAGGAGAGCGAAGAGCAAUUUCCAAUUAAAAAGGAGGAGGAGGAGCUGCCAUAUUUUAAAAAGGAGGAAGGUGUCGCCAGGUCGACUGGUGAGCCCAUGAAGAGUGAAGAUGGUCCGAGAGAGGCAGGCACUGGGGCGCAGCCUCCAAGCGGCAGCAGCAUUAGCAUUACAACAGAAGGAAAGCAAGCAGACAUUUUCAUCGCUCCCUCAGACACAAAGGGCACCACGUCAAACUCACCUUACAAUGACGAUUGUCAAAAGAAAUCUCACUGUGAUGACAAACUCUGCAAAUGCUCUCGGUGUGGGAAUACCUUUGCUAUGAAGCAAAGUUUUCGGACGAAUAUGAGGAGCCACACUGGUGAAAAACCAUUUGUCUGCUCGGUUUGUGGUCAAGGAUUCGCUCAAAAAACAACCUUAAAACAACACACCAGAAGCCACACUGGUGAAAAACCUUUUUCCUGUGCAGUUUGUGGUAAAAGAUUCAGUCAGAAGAGCCAUUUAAAAGAACACACAAGAACCCACACUGGUGAAAAACCUUUUUCAUGCUCUGUUUGUGGUAAAAGUUUCAGUCACAAGAACACUUUAGAAAUACACACAAGAACCCACACUGGCGAAAAACCUCUUUCCUGCUCAGUUUGUGGUAAAAGUUUCAGUCACAAGUACACUUUAGAAAUACACACAAGAACCCACACUGGUAAAAGACCUUUUUCCUGCUCAGUUUGUAAUCAAAGAUUCGCUCAGAGGCCUCACUUAAAACGACACACAAGAACCCACAGUGGCGAAAAACCAUUUUCCUGCUCAGUUUGUGGUCAAAGAUUCACUGUAAAGGCAGCUGUGACGGUCCACAUAAGAACCCACACUGGCGAAAAACCUUUUUCCUGUGCAGUUUGUGGUCAAAGAUUCAGUCAGAAGAGCCAUUUAAAUCGACACACAAGAAACCACACUGGCGAAAAACAAUUUUUCUGCUCUUUUUGUGGUCAAAGAUUCAAUCACAAGAGCAGCUUAAAAACACACACAAGAAUCCACACUGGCGAAAAACCUUUCUCCUGCUCAGUUUGUGGUCAAAGAUUCGCUCGGAAGGAUCAGAUUAAGAGACACGUGUGUGAUGGUGUGAAAAGCAGUGGCCAAUGAUUGUUUUGCCUGUCAUCCAUCGUGGUUUUAUCAGAUUUUGCACGCAGGACGAUUGUAUUCCGUAGAGCUCCCUUAAAGUGCCUGUGACACGAAAAAGCAUGUUUAUUUCAUAAUACACGCGGUAUUUUAUGCCCCUGAAUGAUAUGGGCCGCUUGGAUGUGUGUGGAAGCGAUCGCUAUUUUUAUUUAGUUUUUUGAAUCCCGCGCCAUGAAAAUGAGUGACUUCCGGCUUCGGUCUUGCAUUGAGGAGGAGGGCGCUGUGACGUGUACGGUAGAAGACGUCCUCUUCACGCUACAGUGUACUGUUGUGUAUGAGGACGAAGGAUUCAGCUGAUUUUGCGGAUUAAUACGUUUAUUUUUCGCAUCACGCCAGCCAAACGGCUGCAGAAAAAUCAUUCUGUAUGAGGGAGAGGCGUAUGCGCCUUUUUGGAGUUUCAAAAGGUUCCCAUUCACCGUGGAUAUUUACUGUGGGACCGUUGGACUUAUGAGGAAGUGAGUAAACAUCUUGUUUUGUAUUAUGUCAAAAACGAAUACAGCGAUUACAAAGUAAACACUACAAACUUCCUUUAAAUGAAGGACUACUUACGUUUGAUCAUUGAUAGGCAUGUAAAAAGCUCUCCUAAUGGUCAUUAGCAGCACCACGUUAGCUGCACAACAAAUCCAGCCACCCUCCUCCAGGGAACGAACUGUAAAUUGCGCUCCGCCGGGCGGUUUGCCGAUCCACUAAGACAAUUGACAACCGGGUCGUCAUGUCAAAUAAUCCAUGAUAGUUAUGUGUGAUUUUCCACUUCGAAGACUUUGAAACAUCACUCUGUUUGGGUUAGCAUGUCGGCUAGCUGUCACGGCUUCUGGUUUGUUUACAUUCUCCGAAGCCGGGGAAGGGAAAUGACAUAUGUCCGAUUUAGGUGUCAUAAAAUAUCGUUCGGGAGGUGCGACAGUAAAGGUGAAGUCGACAUUUUUGACCAUUAUGGAGUAAUUUUGCCAUGUCGUCCUGAAUAAAUGCAUUUUUAUUAUUUCAUAUUCCAUCCAGCACAAUACUGUUAUUUGUCAUGAACAUGCCAUUUAUUUAGCAAUUGGGGAAAAUACUUGGAUAAAAAGAAUAUCCUGUAAAAAUAUUGAAGUAAAGAGACAGAAACAAUGACAUUUUGCCGCUCUCUUCGUCGCGUUUUCCUCGUUGUGAAUAGUUCCCCCUCGACGGGCUGACUGGUCCUUCUCAAGCCAUUUAUAUAGCUAUUGGGGAAAAUACUUGGAUAAAAAGAAUAUCCUGUAAAAAUAUUGAAGUAAAUAGACAGAAACAAUGACAUGUUGCCGCUCUCUUUGUCGCGUUUUCCUCGUUGUGAAUAGUUCCCCCUCGACGGGCUGACUGGUCCUUCUCAAGCCAUUUAUAUAGCUAUUGGGGAAAAAUACUUGGAUAAAAAGAAUAUCCUGUAAAAAUAUUGGAGUAGAGAGACUGAAACAAUGACAUUUUGCGGCUCUCUUCGUCGCGUUUUCCUCGUUCUGAAUAAUUCCCCCUCAAUGGGCUGAAUAGUAAAACCGAUGAGCCCAGUCUACCGCUGACGUCAUCCACCUGUUGGGGACGCUAAAGCCCUAUAAUGGUAGUCGUGGCUAACCGGCAGAUUAAAAGACUAAUUUCUCGUCAUCUGUGCUUUUCUAAAUUGUUGUAUAUAGUCAAAUCGUCUCAAAAUAUGAUUCUAAUUCACAUAAUAAUGCCAUUUAAGACUUUUUUUCUUGUGUCAUAUGCUCUUUAAAUCCUGUUACGGAUUGGCACUUUUGAUGCCUCGCUUUGUCCAAUCGUUGUAUGAUGUGCAUCCACCUUACUGUCUCAUCCUCACCUGAUUGAACUCUCAAGUUAACUGGCAUUAUUUAUAUCGUACUCUCCCUUUUAAAUAAUAUCAUUAAAUAAAUAGGGAAAAUUAGGAUAUAUUGUUCAGUGUUGCAACAUGGCUCACAAAUUAGUUUUGUUUUGGUGGGAAUAAUAUAUGUAUAUAUAUAAAUUGCUAUUACCGUAAUUUCUGGACCAUUGGGUGCACCUGAUUAUAAGUUUCACUGUUACAGAUGGGGAGUAAUUUAUGCAUUUGUUCAGGUAUGUUUGUUUUCCCUUGACUUUCUACUGGUUUAUAUUGGUUUUCACCUGUAGUUUUCGUUUGCAGUAUUUUCCACCUGUUUGAUCAGGGAGGGCCUCCACAACUGGAACCCCUUCUCCAUCAGUCAAUUAUCCAAUCAUUUGUUCGUCCUUCUACUAUAGAAGUUGAAUUGUUUGCUCUGUCCAAGGGAGGCGGUGGUCGCUGACGAGAACAAAUCAUAGGCCCAGAUUGCGUUCCAUUAUUCCAAUUGCGCACAAACUAUUCACAUGUACAUGAAGUGCUUGGAGAGUAUUUGGUUGCAUUGCAAAGCUGCGAAAACAAAACACAGAGCGCAGCAUACCCACUUGCCUGCAUUUGCUAGCAGAUUGAAUUUGGUGAGUAAUGGUUUCAAUCGUUUUCAUAUUUUGCGAUAUAAUAAAGUUACUGCCGUUUGUUGCAGCUUGCGUUGAACACUGCCACAGCAAGCCAAAUCUCACGUGAAAAAAUAGCUCCCGUUAGCGUAAAGCUUGUGUAUUUAACGGUAAUAUAAUCAAAGAAACACUGUUUAGUCAAAUUAAGCGGCAUGCUCUCGGAUUGAUUGGGGCGCCCCGCAUUGAUCCCGUCCUCCGCCUGAGGCGCGUUAUUUUCGGCUGGGACUUGAGCUGACGGCCAGUCCGAUGAGUGGUGGGAAUGAAUCUUGCUUCUUAAAGCUUUUCAGAAAUACAGUGAUCCAUGGUUUUUCACGGUAAAUGGGGACCAGAACCCGCCGCGAUAAGUGAAAACCGCGAAGUAGCGCACCCCCACCCCCAAUUUUUUUUUUGUGCUUGUUCAAUAUAUUUAUUCAAAUAACCAUUGGAAAAAAAGAUACAUAUAAGACAUGUUUUUUCACUGUUUUUCCCAAAGUGUAAUUUAUAAAUGGUUUUAAGCACUUCAAAAUGUAGUAAUUAUUAUUAAUAUUAAUUUAUAUUUCAUUAUGUAGACAUGCCUCGUAAGGAAAGGAGAUUGAGGGAUAAAAAGAGUUGGAUGAGGCUGCUAAAGGCAGUUUGAUACCUCAUCAGUUGGGUAUAGUGCAAGGAUAGUCGGGUAUAAAAUACAAUUAUAAACAAUUACAAUGUUAUUUUUUUUCAUAACAUUUUAUGUCAUUGCUUUAUUAUUAGGUGCUAGAAUUGUCAAUUAUGGAUAAGUUGGAUAGUAUGGAUAGUUUUGAGAAAACUGCUGUUGGUGGCUCAGUGACCAUCUGAUGUGGUUCUCAGAUUAACAAGUUGAGGAAGGAAGUUUUGAUGCAGAGGUUGAAGGAAGAAAGGCAGAAUGAGUCACAGCCAGAAAGUGUUGAUGACUGUGUUGAUUUCUAUGCCCCCUCCCAAUUAAAGUAUGUCACAGUGACAGCCAAUUAUAAUCUAAAGCUGGUUAAAAUUGAAGUUAUGUUGUUGUAAGUUGUAUUAACUACUUGUUCAUGUGCCCCUUUUGAUCUAUGAGCACCUGCCCCUCCACCGGUCUCUGCAUGGCCCUGCUGAAACACAGUGUGGGUCAACAGAGCUCAAUAUUUUGGUUGGUUGUACAGUGUACCGGAACAUAUUUCCUCCACACUCUUCUCACCUUUUUAACCCCUGAUCCAUCUUCAUGCUCGAGGGGUACACCUCACCCAGUAUAUUUUAAAAGGAAAAACCAUUUUGUACAUACCUAAGCCUCUCCUGUCUAUAAGCCGUUUGUGUCCACAUAGUAACAUGAAACAUUUAAGAAAAAAUAGUUUUCAAAAUUUUAAUAAACUAACUUUUCUUUUCAAACAGUGCCAGGAACAUUGCAGUAACACAGCACAACACGGCAGCUACAUCGCAGCAACACGGCAGUAACACAGCACUAACUGGGCUGUUUAAAAACAAAAAACAAACAAACAAACAAAAACAUAAAAGUCACUGUUAGCCAUCUUCAUCUUCCUCCUGUGCACUGAAACAAUGGAAGUCUUCCUCCUCAAUGUCAGAUACUCAGAUACUCUUCGUUACGCAUCUUUCAGUCUCUUUUGUUGUCGCUUUCAAUGUCUGUAAUCAUGAGGCAAAUUCAGGCAGAACACUCCCCGCCUGACCUUAUCAGGUCACUAAUUAACAUCUUAACCCCAACUAAUCAACAGGCAAAAGAAGAACAGUUUCUGAAAUGGCUCUUUGAAAAAUCUUAGAGGAACCUUGUGAUGACACUUUGAGUUGAACCUCUCGAACUCUGCCAUCCCUUCCUGGGAAGACAGCUGUCGCCAUCGCCACAGGCCAUUCGUUCCGAGCAGUUUGACAGUCCUUGAGGAUCACGAUGUCUCCUACUUUUGCACCUCUUUUUUUCUUCAGUCCAUUUCCUCCGAGUCUGCAAGGUAGGAAGGUAGUCCAGAAUUGGUUUGCGAGCGACUGGACUUGUCUCCACCGUUUGAGGUAGAGGUCUUUGUCCGUGAAUUCACCUAGGGGUGCAGGAACUCCUACUUUUUGUGUAAGAAUCAUGGCGGGGGAGAGAAUGAAAGGUGACUCGGGAUCAUUGGAGACUGGAACAAGCGGUCGAGCGUUUAUGAUAGCAGUCACUUCCAUCAUUAAAGUCCACAGAACAUCGUGUGUGAGUUGAAUGUUGUUUUUGAGCAGAAUGGCGUUCAAGAUGCGUCUUGAGAGUCCAAUUAGUCGCUCCCAUGACCCUCCUCUGUGUGAGGCAUGAGGUGGAUUGAACACCCAAGCACAAUUUUGGUCGGUCAAGAAUUUUUGCACUGUUGCAUCUGCAUUUUUGGAAUUCAGUCAGAGUUCUUUAGCAGCUGCUACGAAAUUUGUGCCACAGUCUGAACGGAUCUGCUUUGCGGGUCCUCUUAUCGCAAAGAAUCUUCUCAAUGCAAUUAUACAGCUUGAUGUAUCUAAUGAGGCGAUGAUUUCAAUAUGCACAGCCCUUGAACUCAUGCAGCAAAAAAGCAUAGCCCAUCGUUUGCUUUGAGCUUCGCCACCUCUUGUGCACUUGGAGAUAACCGACCAAGAACCAAACACGUCUACACCAACGUACGUGAAAGGUGGAGAAGUGUGCAGACGUUCUGGGGGCCGGUCUGCCAUCAGCUGUCCUUCCACUUUGCGACGUAACUGGCAGCACAUGACGCACUUGUGGAUAACUGAUGCAAUAAGCUGUUAUCCGCCUAUCAGCCUGCUGCUCUCAGGGCUCCUUCAGUAAAAUGGCGGCCUUGGUGUUGCACCUUGUCAUGAUAUUGUCUCACGAGCAGUAAAGAAAUAUGACUUUUCUUCGGCAGUAUGAUUGGGUACUUUUCUGUAGCGUUUAUGUUUGCUUGUUUUAAUCUGCCAGCAACGCAGAUCAAACAGUCUUUUAAGGUGGGGUUAAGCUUUUGAAGUGCACUGUUUUUCGGCACUGACUGUGUGCGUUCAAGGGCGGUAAUGUCACUUGAGAAAUGUUCUUCCUGAGUUGCUUUUAUGAUGACAAAUACAGCCUGUGACUAUUCUUCUGGGCUACUUGGAAUUUUGCAAAAGAGCCAUCCUUUGCACCCGUUAGACGUAUUUUGUUUAUACGACCUGACGAUGUGCAUCAAUCUUGCACGUGCUCUGGUCAAUGAGCGCAUGGAUGAAAAACGUUGGAAUCGUGUGGCAGAGAGACCUUUUUUCCCAACAAGCGUCAGAUAGCUAGCAACUUCAGAACGUAUCUCAGUGUGUUUCAGGGCUUACAAGUUCAUAUUUUCCUUGUAUAUUGUCAUGACCAUGGUUGAGCUUGUACAAAAAGGCUGGCCCAGUGAACCAUGUUGUCUGCGUGAGUUUGGAUGCAAGGACUGGAUGCGUUGUCCGCUGGGUUGUCUUCCGUGCGGACGUUGAACCACUGUUCUGGUGUCGUUGACUGAAGAAUGCGACGAACUCUGUUGUGGAUGUAGAUGUGAAAACGUUUGGUCUGAUUGUGGAUAUAUCCCAACCAGAGGUUGCGCUAGACAUUUUCGUUGUCUGUCAUUUUGACUGACAGGGUCAUAAAAAUCCAGUCAUAAACUAUUUUUACCAGUCACUUAAAUUUUUAAAAUGAUAAUGAUGACAUAUUCAAUAGUAUUUAGUUUUCAUUCAUUUUUAAUCAAUAUUGUAACGCUUGCUUGGCGGUGAAAAAUUAGACACGGAAGUUGUAUUUAACUCCCUCUUUUUACUCUGCUUACCGCCAACAACACCAACAAAACAACUCCACUCCCAAAGAAAAAGAGCCAACUAUAUAGACCCCAAUCACCAACGUCACACAAUGAUCUUAAUUGUGGUUGUCAGCCCAAAAUCUUCUAAAUAUAUAUUAAAUGCAUCUUACCAGAUAUAAAAUGACUACUACAUAGUCUGUGGAUCGUUUGGUGCCCAGAUUUCUUGUCGAAUUACAGCAGUCCAUCUCGCUCUCCUCUUCGGGUCUCUCAGAAUACGGUAGAACUUCAAGUCUCUCCGUCUAUCUUCUCUGUUACUGCAACCAACCGCCACACACGCCUUCGCCAUUUUGAUUAUUAAUGUUAACGAGCAGAAAAACACGCCAUAAUAGAAGGCAUGUACAUAGCGGUAAUGUGUAAACACGACGAGCUGACGGACAAUAUGGCUGCUCCAGUCAGGGGGCGGAGUUGUGACGUCGUGAUUGGGGUCUAUAGACAAGUUUCCUGAGCGAAAUACCGGCGCCGCCAUCUUGGAAAAUGUCUGCUUCGCACUUCCGGUCCGGUUGAGUAGCAGUGUAUUAGCAGUGUAUUGACGACGAUAAAACUACGAAAUCAAGCCAGAGAAACCCAUGGAAUCUUCAAAAAUUGAUUCAGCACGACCUAGAUGACACGUAGAUGAGAUUGGAUGGCAGUUCGUGUCACUUCGUUGAUCAUUCGUGGACAAAAUUAUUAACAACGGUCAGCCUGUGUUAACGUGAGGAAUGGAUUGAUACUACGGCCAUUAGUGACCAAAAUGUGGUGAAAUUACAAGUUAUAUUACAUUUGCCGACUGCAGAAGGGCUGACAUGGAUUGUUUUGUUACAAGGAAAUGCUACAAGGUUAUGUACAUAUGAUGUAAACACAAAUAGCAUGUCAUUCUUUUUUUUAUUGCAGGCAUUGAUCGCAAUAAAACAUUUAGACAUGAUUCAAUUUCUUGUUUUAUUUAAAACGAUUGGUGCACUCUAAAACAGGUCAAUAAAUCACAUUUAUAAAAGUAUUGCAAAAAUAGCAUACGAGAACGUAAUAUCAGACCGCAGAGCUCCGGAGCCUCGUGAACAAAUAGCGACAUAACGGAGGCCCUCAGCGGCAUUUAGAUGUGCUUUUUUCCUGUCCUCGGUAAUUCCAGCUCCAAUAGCAUAUAUUUAAAGACGCUACCGUUCACAACUUCGUAGUUGGAUCACGGCGAUCUCGGCGAACCACCGUCUGUCACAAUUCCUGCCUCUCUCGGCCUCUCCCGGGAGUCGAGCUGUCAUCAUCAUUGUGGAACGCAAACUAUAUAUGUUCGAUAUAUGUCCAUCAACGUACAAGUCAAGUUGUCUUCUCUUUUAUAACAGCAUUUCCCAGCUGUAAACAAACGAAUAAAAACUUGUAACACUUGGAUUUAUGCGGUGCAUUCAAACACGAUUAGCAACAGGCGGCUAGCAGCAGUAGCAGAAGCUAGUUGUUGUAAAAAUGAUUAAACUUCGUAAUUACAAUCAUCGUAAUAUCAAUAGCAAAGGCAACAAGUCGUUUCAUGCGCCAGAUUUUAGGUUUCGUAUUUUUAGAGCACAUUACCUUCCAUAACAGCGAGGGCAUGACUGCAGGAACUGUCAGUUUUGUCCAUCUCCUUCCCUCCCACCUGUAUGAUGAGUACGAGCACCCAUGGUUUGGAAAUCGACAUGGUACGAAGCAUGGAGGCCUUGGCUUUGUUCUCCACCCGCCUACAUCAAAAUAACAUUCCCGGGAUCUUGUAUAAAGACCUCCCAACUUCGAUUCCACCGCCAUUGACUUCAACGGUAAACAGGCGGAAGGGGAAGGAAGACAUAAGGAAGUAAACCGGAAGUACCUCGGAAACUUGUCUAUACACAGGCAACAAUCUAGUCCACCAAUUGGAUGACGCGCUGGCACACCGGGUGCACCAAUAAGAACCUCGCGUUGAUGUGUCAAUCACGGUGCUGCCGCCAGACCACGGUGACGCUACAAUAUUCUGACAGAAUAGCCAAUGACGUCAUGCAUUAAGAGAGACAAUAGCUAAUUAAUAUGCCACCCUGUGGUCUGGGGUGUGAAUUGCAACCUGUCAAAAUGACGGACGGACUUCAGUUUUUUCCGUCACCGUUUUAAAAAACCGGUCGACGACGGAAAAUAUUCGGUUAACGCGACCCCUGAUCCCAACACAACUUUACUGUCGCAGUAGAAUUUAAUUGAGUCCAGUUUCAAAUCCAGCUCAUCUUGAAUGAGGUCAGCGACUUGUACUGCUAGCACUGCACCACACAACUCUAGUCGAGGGAUAGUAGGCUGGGAGAGUGGAGCCAAUUUAGCUUUUCCAAGGACAAAUCCUAUAUUCACUUCACCGUCCAUUUGAAUGGUCCUGAGAUAUGCCACCACUCCGAUGGCCUUUUUGGAUGCAUCGGAAAAAAGGCAUAACUCACUGUGUUUAGCGUUGGUGAGCGCGUUCGGACUGUAUGCACAUGGAAUGUGCCGUUUGUUCAGUUCAUGCAGGGAUUUUCUCCAUGUCUCCCAUUCUUUCAAUUUUGCUUCUGGCAAAGGAUCGUCCCAAUCACAUUUAUCCACACAGAAUUCUCUCAGCAAGCGUUUACCUUCAAUGGUGACCGGAGCGAGGAUGCCCAGAGGAUCGAAGAUGCUGUUCACUGUAGAGAGAACACCUCUGCGGGUGAAUUCUUUUUUGUUGUCCACAACUUUGAACGUGAAGGUGUCCAUAGUGGUUACCCACAGCAUACCAAACUACGUUGAACAGGCAUAGUUUCCCACUUAAGUCCAAGUCUUUCAGGACUGCACGAUCUUCUGGUGCGAACGCUUGCAAGAAGACAUUGUCAGAAUUUGAAGCGAAUCUGUGCAAUCUCAAAUUAGACUCACCGAGGGAUGCUUGGGUUCUUUGCUGCAGACUAAUAGCUUCAUUGUCUGUGGGAACACUGAUCAGGCCAUCGUCAACAUAAAAAUGACGUUCAACAUACCUGACUGUGUCAGCUGCAUAUUUGUGCAUAUUAUCCUGUAUGGCUCUCCUGAGCCCGUAGAUGGAUACAGAUGGAGAAGGACUAAUGCCGAAGACGUGCACUCUCAUUCUGUAUUCGAUGACUUUGAAAACAAUUCACGUUCUCACCGAAACUAGUACAACUCUGUACACAGCUAUUAGAAUUUCCCCCUACUCUUUGAAAUGGGUCUGUUAACAGAAGGACUAUUAUUGUUGUGGUCAUGUAGUACGUUUUAGGGCCAAAUAAAAGGAAAAAGAAGGACUACGAGAUGCAAUUCGUACUAUUGCUGCAAGAAAGAAGUCCUAUUAUUACUUUGGGUUAUGUAGAUGUAUGCAUAAUGCGUAGUUGAUUACAGCUAUUGUAGCCGAGAGCUACGACAUUAGCCUGGCAAAUAUUUCAAAUAGAUCUUUGUUAUGGUUCUUCUUGGAGAAAAAAUGUGAAGAAAAAUCUCAUCUGUCAUGAUAUGACACACUUUUGCCGUGGCACGACAUGGUGAGGCGGUUCGACUGUUGAUGCAGCCGGUGUUGUUAAUCUUAGUUUAAAAAAGUAAUUAACUACAGUAACAAAUUACUCCCCAAAAUUAAUUGCUUUAGUAACUCAAGUUACCUGAAUGUAAAAGUAAUUAGUUACUUGACUGUUACGAGUACCCCUGGUGGUCAGGGGCUGCGAGCGUAACAUAAGACGGCAGGUGUGAAAGGAGGAGGCAGUGACAGAUCAAAAUUGCAAAUAAAAAAGUUUAUUUAACAGAAAAAAAGGCAAUGGACACAGAGCACACAAACAUUUACCCAACCCCCUGCACUAUGCAGCAAACACCAAAUAAACAGUUCCAAAAAUCCCAACUAAACCUACAACGCAAAACAACCCCCAAACUAAAUCACGACUGUGGCAGGCACCUAGUGUACCCCAAAAUACAUAUGUGGUGUUGCCGCUCUAUCUAAUGGACUAAUACAGAGAGUUAGUACCUACGUGAGGUGGGAGACACGAUGUAUACCUGCAGGUAGUGAUUUGCCCUCCUGUGCCGAGGCGCCGAUGCGUGUGCCGAGUAAACCGGAAAAAAAAUCUGCAAAGCGCGCACCGAGGCAUGUGUUGAUUACGCUUGUGGUCACGCCCGAAGCCUCGGAACGUGCGUUGCUACGUCCGAAGCCUUGCGAGACGGGCUUCCUUGUCAUCGCCAUCACAUGGUUUCGCGGGUGAUUCGAAAUAAAAUGGUGCACCGAGACAACAAUGAGCUGACAGGUGACACUGACACACCCAACUCGCAUCUUCAAACCUCAAUUCAAUCGGAUUCGUUUUGCAAUGGACACACCGUCCACAACGAAAAAGAAGAGAACAUCCACUGUCUGGGAUCAUUUUGAGCAGAGCUCUCCUAAAAUGGUACAAAGUAUAAUAACCAGUGUGAAUAUAUAUUGUAAAUUAUUGUGACAACACAGUGUAUCCCUCGUUUUAAUGUAUUUUUUCUGCUUGCUGAUAUUUCAAAAGGUGAAGUGUAAACGUUAUUCUAAAAAAGUUGGGUACCAAGAGAACACUUCAUCUAUUUUGAGGUAUUGUACCCCGGUGUCAUCCGUCCCUUGCUUAAGACUAUUUUCAAAAGCAGGAGAAAUCCUAUCUAAAAAAGAAACCGUUUAAAGCCAAAAACUUUGGAAAUGCUAGUAACGAAAGGUGUGUCUUGUUCCUUGUUUAUAUGUCAAUGUCUAAAAUACAGCAAUCAUUCUUUCAAGUAGAGCCUAGAUCUUGAGCUCGGGUCGGGCCCAAAAUGUCAAUCAUUUCCGUUCGGGACGGGUCGGGUCGGGUCGGGCCGGACUUCUUCUCUCGCUUUUUAAAAAACUUAAAAAAUAAAUAUAUAUUUGUAUAUGGAUGUUAAACUAAGGAAUACGUAUUAUAAAAUAAAUAAAAUUGUAUAAAACAGAGAAAGGGCGCUGUGGUAAUCCCAAACAUGAGCCUCAGCUGACGAGUGCAUUGUUUGCGCACAUGAAGGCUCUGGGACUCACCGCGCGUCUGCAACUAUGCAUCCUGAUAUUUCCUUUUCGAAUUUCGAUAUGGAUAUGAUAUUAGUCAAACAUCUUUAUGAUCAUUUGUUUCGAGGGCCGUACCUCUUCGUGCAAAGCAGGACAUCGUGGAGUUCGUGGUGUUCCUCAAAAUGUUCUUAUUUUGUUUCAGUGCUCCUUAAGGCAGGUUGUUCUUUUGUGUGUUCUGAUGCGAGUCAAUAAAAUAAAGAAAGUUAUUUAAAAGUAUUUUUAGUUUAUUUUUGUAUAUGCUGCUGUUCCUCUCCUUGUCAGAGAGGUGCGUCCAUGAGAGCACAAUAUCCCACACAGAAAGAUAUUUACCAAACCUAUCCAGCGUUAUUUAGUUGUGUGCAUGCAUUUAUAAUGAUCAUAAAAAUAUUUAAACAUGAAGAAAAAUUGCGUUUUCUGCCAACUUGAAGAAAUUAAAUGUCUGUUGCUGCAUUUUGCCAAGGAAAUGACGCAUGAACUAUCCACCUAAUAGAACAGAUAAAAGAUAUAAAUGUUUAUUGAAUGUGCAUUUUACAGUCUUGUUUAACUGGGAGAAUUUGUUACAAAAGACAGGCUUUAAUUUGUUGUCAUUAUGCACUAGGCAUGUGCCGGUAUGAGAUUUUGACGGUACGAUAACCGUGAGCAAAAAUACCGCGGUUUCACGGUAUCAAGCGAAUCAAGCUUGUUUUCUCACUCUGCGGCUGUAACACUCAACGAAGUUGCUCUCCCAGCUGAGCCUAAGCUAACAUUCAUCUUUGUAAGCUUUUACUUAGUUUGUAUAUUGAAUUUGAAAGGAAAAUGUGUGUUUUGUUUUUGGCGAACUUUUUCCAUGGUGCUAAUCUGUGAAGCUACUCACAUGGAAAAAUCUAAUUGUACAACAUUUUAAAUGUAUUCAUUUUGUAUAUUAAACUUACCACGAUUUGAGAGCUCAAUAAAUUUAAGAACAGUA